UCUUCCGAUGUCAUCCGGUUUGUUGAAAGUAGGACAGUAGGAGAAGGCAGCGGGCUACUAGAUGCCUGAUGUGCGUGAGGUGGUGGCAUUGUCACAAGCAGCAAGCUACGAUCGAAAACGAACCUGGAGUGAACGAGACCCGUUAGGAUGGAUUACGUCUACAUGAGCGGCUCCGAUCCGGGCAAUCCCCGCGCCGAAGACAUCAUCACACUAACGAUGUACGACAACGAUCCUGCCAGUGGGGCGGUGGUCUCGGAGUAUUCGGACGCACCGGAGGCGUACAGUGCGUUCAACAUCGGCUCGUCGGAGGCGGAGUUUAUGGAGCACGGGAUGAUACUGGCCGACGGGGGAGACCGGUUCGGCGUUUCGACCGUGUGCUUCGACACGCAGGAAGAGCUGAUUUGGAUGGGAAACCAGGGUGGCCACGUUACGUCGUACUACGGGGGCACGAUGCAGAAGUAUACCUCGUUUCAGGUGCAUGCGAAUGAAGUCGUACGUCAGAUAGCAACGAUCGACGCGGGUAUCCUGGCCCUCACACCGACCACCCUGCGGCACCAGAUCCGGCGUGGAUUGCCCAAGUUUACCUUCCGCUCGGAGCGCAUGGUGGACAUGGUGUGCAUGAUUGAGCACGCACCGGACCGGCUGCUGCUCGGUGGCCAUCAGAGCGAUCUGAUCGAGUUUGACAUCCCGACGUACAGCGAGUGUGGCAGUGUGCACGCCGGCCCGGAUGGGUGUGCGAUCCUGCGGCGUCAUUCGCGGUAUCUGUGCGCCGGCGAUGCGUAUGGCAAGAUCACCCUGCGAGACCCGAACACACUCUCGAUCGAGCACGAGCUACCGACGCACUCGGGCAGCCUUUCGGACUUUGACGUCCAGGGCAACUAUCUCAUCUCGUGCGGAUUCAGUGGACGCCAGGGUAAUCUCACGAUCGAUCGCUUCCUCAUGGUGUACGAUAUGCGCAUGUUGCGCCUAGUGUCCCCCAUUCAGGUGCUGGUGGAACCGCAACUGCUUCGCUUUCUGCCCUCACACUGUUCCCGGCUGGCCGUAGUGUCGCCCCUCGGGCAGCUGCAGCUCGUCGACACGGUGGAGCUGAGUGUGCCACGCGUCUGCAUGUUCCAGCUCAACACGACCGGCUCGCAGUGCCUCUCGUUCGACAUCAGUUCCUCGAGCCAGGCGAUGGCGUUCGGGGAUCAAUCGGGUCACAUCAAUCUCAUCUCCGCGGUUAAAAUCAACACCCCCACGCUACAGUUCAAUCCAUACUCGCGGGACACCGAAUUCGCCGACACGAUCGAGCCACCCCCGUUCGUCCCCAUCACCGACACCAAUUUCCCGCUCUCGUCGAUCCUGCUCCCGCAUCUAACGACCGGUGAACGCUUGCUAAGCGAUUGGCCCGCGUGGAUGAAUGCGUACGAGUACCGCCGGCCGAAACCGAUCGACCCGGAGAUCCUCGCUACGAUGAAAAUGCAAGGUCCGAUCGGGUACGCACCAAACCCGCGGAAAUACCUCCGCAAUCAGGUUCCCUAUCUCGGGCCGGACGGUACGCCCGGUGGGAUGGCCGGUGGGUCAACCGGUUCCACUGCCGCACACGGUUCCGGUUCGACGGUAAAGGGAGGCCCGCCCGGUGAGCAACCGGGCAUGCGAUUGGUUCCGCGCCGCUACCGUAAGGUCGAGGUCAAGUACAGCAAGCUGGGAGCACAAGACUUUGACUUCGAACAGUACAACCAGACCGGAUUCGUCGGGCUGGAAGCGAACCUCCCGAACGCGUACUGCAACGCGAUGCUGCAGGUGCUCUACUUCAUCUUUCCCCUGCGCCAAGCGAUCCUGGCGCACUGCUGCACCAAGGAGUUUUGUCUGUCCUGCGAGCUUGGCUUCCUGUUCCACAUGCUCGACGUGGGCAGCUCGAGUUCGCCGUGUCAGGCCAGCAACUUUCUGCGCUCGUUCCGCACCGUACCGGAAGCGGCCGCACUCGGGCUGAUCCUCUCCUCGACCAGCGCGAACGUGAACCUGAUCAGCUUGAUACAGAACUGGAACCGCUUCGUGCUGCACCAGAUCCACCAGGAGCUGCUGGAGGCGAUGAAGCAAAGCGAAACGAUGCACUUCUACGAGCACCAGCUGCACCAGCUGACCGACCCGGGACAGGAUGGGGUGCAAAAGUUCCAGAUCGUAAACCACGGCACCGCGGGAGGAGGAGGAGGUUCGCCGACACGGGACGAGUCGGAAAUUGGACGACUAUUUGGCACGCAGCAGCAGACGACGCACCGUUGCAACAAGUGCAACACGACACGCGUCAAGGACAACGUGCUGCUGGUCUGUACGCUGCUCUAUCCGACCACCACCACCAACAACGUCGAGGGCACGUUCGGGACGAUCCUGCGCCACUCGCUCGGGGUGGAAAAGACGACCCCGGCGUGGUGCGAAACGUGCAACAAGUUCACACCGACCAACCAGAAGUCGCGUGUCACCGAUCUGCCCGCCAUCCUCUCGAUCAACUGUGGGCUGGACAACGAAAAGGAGCUAGAGUACCUCAAGCGCCAGAUGUCCCGAGCCGUCCCACAGCAGCAACAAGCGCACCAACAGCAACAACAACAGCAACAGCAGCAGCAAGCGCAGCAGACACAACCACCACAAACACCCCAACAACAGCAACAGCAAAAUGCCACCGGAACCGGGUCAUCGGAUCCGUCGACCAACUCCGGUGCGAAAAUGUGUCGCUACGGGACGAACUGCUCGCGGGUCGAUUGCCACUUUGCGCAUCCACGAAAAUCAUCCCCAUGCGUCAUUACUUCGGCCUCGUCGAGUACGUCCGCUGCGGCGCACGGUAUGCAAAAGUCCUGGUUCCCGCUCAGCUUCCAGAUGUCGCUCGAUGAACAGAAGAACUUGGAAAUCAGUUCCCUACGGACCGCUUCCAAUGGGGAACCCGUUGUUCCGGUGGUUCCAACGCCGGGUAAUGCCGCUGCGAAGGAGCAAACGCCCACGGAUGAUGGAACGGAGGAAGAACCAGCGAUUGAAGAAACCGCCCCUUCAUUGAAGAUAACAAAAAUGUACAACUUGUCGGCGGUCGUCUGCUACAUCAACGAUGGUUCCCAGCGGAACCUCGUCUCACUGGUGCACGUCCCCGGAAGCUACCACGACCUCAAGCAACCUCCUGCCGCCGGUGGCGAGUCUACCUCGACGGCAUCGGCUGGCAGCUGGUACAUCUUCAACGACUUCAGCAUCUCGCCCGUGCCCGUGCAAGAAGCUGUCUGGUUCACGCUCGACUGGAAGGUCCCGUGCGUGCUGUACUACACGUCCAGUGCGCUGGCGGCGGAACAGUGCCAACAGCGUACCGGAGACACACCGGUCCCACCGUAUAUGAACCCGUUCGCGGCCGAUCUUUUCGCGGAGGGUGAGUUGGGUGAGGAACGGCAACCGCUUGAGGGGGACAAUCGAGACGGCGGUGAUGGGAAGAAUAUUAGCGAUGCUGGUGGCAAGGACGAGGGUAAUGGUCAGGAGGAUGGUAACAAGCACGGAGACGAAGGGGGAGACUGUGGUGCGGUGGUGUUUAAACCGCUCGGAAGGGGUGAGGUGUUCCGGGCCGGUGAUCUGGUAGCGAUGGACGCUGAGUUCGUGACGCUCAACCCGGAGGAGAGCGAAAUCCGAUCCGAUGGGAAAAUGUCGACGGUGAAACCGAGCCACAUGAGCGUCGCCCGGAUCACGUGCAUCCGCGGGCAAGGCACGGACGAGGGUGUCCCGUUCAUGGACGACUACAUUUCCACGCAGGAACAGGUGGUCGACUAUCUGACCAAGUUCUCCGGCAUCAAGCCGGGCGAUCUGGACGCAAACUUCAGCAGCAAACGGCUGACGACGCUGAAGAACUCGUACCAGAAGCUCCGAUAUCUCGUCGACAGUGGCGUCACGUUCGUCGGGCACGGGCUGAAGAACGAUUUCCGCGUGAUCAACAUCAUCGUGCCGCCGGAGCAGGUCGUCGAUACGGUGCACCUGUUCCAUCUGCCGCACCAUCGUAUGGUUUCGCUGCGCUUCCUCGCCUGGCAGUUUCUUGGCAUCAAGAUCCAGUCGGAAACGCACGACUCGAUCGAGGACGCACGGACGGCGCUGCAGCUGUACAAACACUACCUGCGGCUGCAGGAGAAGGACGAGUUCAGCCGAGCCCUGUCGACGCUCUAUGAAACUGGCAAGAAGCUCCAAUGGAAGGUACCGGACUAGGAGUAGGCCCAGGUUGCGACUCGAGGAAAGAUGAUCUCGCUGUGUUGCAGUUUUGUGAUGAUAUGCUCUACCCUUUUUCUGUUCGUUUUAUUAAUCCAUUUUAUUCAUUCGAGAAACUUUCUUUCACUGUUUCAAAACGUCCUUCUCUUUUCCUGUCCCGUUCACGAAUGUUGCUCGUAUACAAAUGGGUCGCUACAGGAUUGUUCGCGAUGGACACCCAGCAGAGGGGUCACUUUUUGGUGCAUUUUUCUAGAGAUUACGAAACGCCCGGAAUAAUGUCAUAAUCGAUAGUUGUAUGUUACUUUCAUUUUUGUUUGUUUCGUUCCCUUUACGUAUGUAAAUGUCCACAACCAAUAAAACUAUUUUCUCUUA